AUGACUAGGUACGGGGGUCUGGGGAGGACGCGCCCCAAGAAGCUCACCUCCAAGGCGUCCAUCCCCAUCGUCCGGGAGGAUCAAAUCGAUUAUAUCGACGAAGAUGUCUCCGGCGCUCUCCAACAAGUCGAGACUGGUGUCGAAAAGGCCGAAGAAUCGGAAGUCCAUCUCCAAGCUGCCAUAAAUGCUGUUGCCCUUGGUAAAGUCAGCGAGGCGAAUAUCCCCACGCCGGAGACCGUCCUUAGUACCAUUCGAUAUGACGAGCUAUAUCCCCCUACUUUCUCUCAGCCCGCGACAUACAUUAGGUUCUCCUCGACUGUGGAGGACUGUUGCGGAUGCCCAUAUAACAUGGUCGAAGAAGAUGACGUUUUCCUUAAGAUCUGGAACGAAAAGAAGGACCCUUCUGCUCCUCGAUGCACUGAAGAUCAGUUCGAAGAAGUGAUGUAUUUCUUCGAAGAGACUGCGCAAACCAAACAACCAUUCGCAUCUGUGGACAAUGCGCCUGUGCUUUCCUUUGAAGAGAUCGAGGAGUCUUUCGAUGCCGCCGUAGACGAACAUAUAAAAAGGUUCGCCAAGGAUAUAUAUGAUCAUUGGAAGUCGCGAAGAGUAGAAGCUGGCAACCAUCCAUUACAGCUAGCGCUCAAGUUUGAAACGGGCCAAGAAACCGACGAUGGAGAUCCAUAUGUAUGUUUCCGCCGACGUGAGGUUCGACAGAUUCGCAAGACGCGUGGUAGAGAUGCGCAGAGCGCCGAGAAGCUGCGUAGACUGCGUAAAGAGCUGGAGGAAGCGCGCCAGCUGGUCGCAUUCGUGCGACAGCGUGAACUGGCCAGGAAAGAGAUGCUUAUCAUCGAAAAGCAAGUCUUCCAACAACGAGCCCAAGUCAAGGAUAUGAAGCGUAAGCUUGGCAUCAAGGACGACGAUGAAGACCUCAUCAAUCAAAAGCCCAAGAAGAAGCAAAUCGAAGUUCCCAGUAUCCAACGACCUGUCGCGCCACAGCUCCGCGUCUCUCAGCGACCUGGCGGCCCGGCUGCCGAAGACUUGCAAUUGUUGGAGGAGGUGCAAGCUGAUAAGGAAAACGAGAUCUUGCGCGAUAUCAAGCAGAACUUGCAGAAACAUAUCAAGUGGAACGAGGGAUAUGUGGAUCUGACGACGGCUCCAUUGAGUACAUCUCCAAAGCGAACUUUCGAGGCCGCAUUCCGCCCAGCUAUUACAACUCAACUGCCGACUCCGCCAUCGUCAGACUCAGAUGUGAAUGAGAAUGCUGUAGAUACCAUGCAUCCAUAUUUCCGCGAGCAAUUCGCGGCAAUGAAUGUGGACGACGAUACCAAUAAGAUACCUUCUUUCAGACGGCGUAUAGGCCGAGGCGGUCGCGUCAUGAUUGAUCGCCGGAAUUUGGCGGCUCGAAAUAAACUAGACAUUGACCCUCUCGCCUCGGAUCGGUUCAAGUAUGAUAAUGAUGACGAUGAUGACGAUAUGGUGUUUGUGCGUGACAAGUACGACGUGCGAGUCAUGCAACAUCGCGUCGUCAUGGCAGCCAAAGCUCGUGAUAUGGCCACCCAAGCAGCUCAAGCAGCUCAAGCAGCUCAAGUCCAGGCGCAAGCGCAAGCGGCCCAUGCAGCCCGGCAAUUGAUGGGAGAGCGCAACGGGACACAAGGCUCCAAUCCUGGGCCCGGGGCUGUCACAGCAAGCCCUGCUGCUUAA